CGUCUCUUAGAAAUUGUCUGCACACAAAUCCAUCAUAGACGCAGCAUAUUCACUACCAUAGCAACUACUACAACUACAACCUGCAUUCUUAAACACACGUUCUCUCUCACGAUUCUUCUUGCUCGCAUUCUCUCAUUCUUUUCCCUCCCUCCACAGUUUCUCUCUCUGUCUCUGCACUCUCUCUCUCUCUCCUCAUUCGUGUUGAACCAGUCGUUUCAUGCUGCACUGCUGUGUUUACUCAGUCUUGCUAGCCACUGAUGGCAGAUUCAAGGAUUGACAAGUCCAGCAUUGCAGCCCUGAGGGCACGGAAACAAGAGUUGAUGACAAUCUCCAGCGUGCCUCUGGGAGAAUGUCCACCCUCGCCCCCUCGCACUGCACCCCCUACGAUGAAGUCUGCGGAGUUCUUCGACAUGCUUGAAAGAAUGCAGAUACCUAAAACUGAGGAAACUAAGAAAUAUAAGGAUGACUACAUCCCUUACCCCCGGAUAGAGGCUGUCCUGGAGAAGGGUGGCCCCUACCCUCAGGUCAUUUUACCUCAGUUUGGCGGUUACUGGAUUGAGGACCCCGAGGCUCCGGUCGGGACGCCCACCUCCUCAGACAGCAGCUUCUGUGAGGAGGAAGACGAUGGUCUGAGUCCUGGUGGCGGAGGCUUCGGAUACAGGCUAGAGUGUAACAGCUCUUCAAGGGCUUACCGCAAACACUUCCUGGGCAAGGAACACAUGAACUAUUAUUGUACAGCCAGUAGUAUGGGACACCUGAUCAUGUCUUUGAAGUAUGAGGAGACAGAUGGACAGGAGACACUGCGCAUCAUGCUCAGGUCAAAAACAAAGACCCUUCAUGAGCGGAUUCCACUUGAAGGUCUCGUCCAGCUACCGAGCGUCCCACAAAUAGCCAAGCUGCUCUGUGAUGAUGUCACAGGUCUGAAGUUCAACCCCGUCCUCUACCCCAGGGCCUCGCAGAUGAUGGUCGCUUUCGAUGAGCACGAAGUGAACAACACGUUUAAGUUUGGAGUGAUCUAUCAGAAGUUUGGUCAGACAUCAGAGGAGGAGCUAUUCGGGAACAAUGAGGAGACGCCAGCGUUUGCUGAAUUCCUCAGUGUUUUGGGAGACAAUAUUGAGUUGCAGGAUUUUAAAGGGUUCAGAGGUGGUCUGGAUGUGUCUCAUGGGCAGACAGGAUCUGAGUCCAUUUAUACAACGUUUCGUCAGAGAGAAAUAAUGUUCCAUGUUUCCACCAAACUCCCUUUUACAGAAGGAGACAUUCAGCAGCUUCAGAGUAAGAGACACAUUGGCAAUGACAUCGUCGCGGCCAUCUUCCAGGAGGAUUCUACGCCAUUCGUACCCGACAUGAUCGCCUCUAACUUCCUUCAUGCCUAUGUGUUAGUGCAGGCAGAGAACCCCUGCACAGAUCAUACUACAUAUAAGGUGUCCGUCACAGCAAGAGAAGAUGUGCCUCAGUUCGGCCCGCCUCUUCCGAACCCUCCAGUCUUUAAGAAGGGUCCUGAGUUCCGGGAAUUUCUGCUGACCAAAUUUAUUAAUGCGGAAAACGCGUGCUGCAAGUCUGACAAGUUUGCCAAGCUGGAGGAGAGGACACGGGCAGCGCUGUUAGAUAACCUACAUGAUGAACUUCACAGACAGACCCUGGCCACAGUGGGACUGGGCUCAACGACGGAUGAAGAAAAACUAGAGAACGGCGGUCACGGAGGUCUUCUGGAGUCCUUUAAGAGGGCCAUGCGUGUUAGGAGUCACUCUAUGGAGACGAUGGUGUCUCAUAAACACAAGGCUCCAGGGGCUACGGCAGGCGUCCCGUCCAGCGUCAGUGGUGGGGGACUGCCACAGAACAGCCUGGAGUGCACAAAGAGCACCUUUACUCCACCGGUGCUGUCCGCUAAGUCUCCGUUAAAGAGUCCCGUAAAGAGACGCUCCGGUCUGUUCCCCAGACUGCACUCCAGCACAGAAAGUCCGACUGAGAAACACCCAACUCGAAGUGACCAAAAAGCAGAAGCGUUCCCUUUCUCACAAGAAGUGAAGUCAGAGACGUCAUCCAAUCCCAGUUCACCAGAGAUCUGCCCAAACAAAGACAGGCCGUUCCAGAAGCUGAAGGAAUGCGGCGGGAGAGCUAACAUCUCCAGGUCAUCGUCCAGCACCAGCAGCUUCAGCAGCACAGCCGGAGAAGGAGACGGUCUGGAGGAGCUGGACACUAGCAGCCACCCAUCCACAGCCUCAUCUGUGUACAGUCCAUGUUUAAGUGUGGAAAGCCAAAACUCUGGAACCCCACUGAUCAUGUGCCGCAGUCCCACAGAUGUAAAGAGUAAAACUUCACCGCGGUCCAACUUGAAAUUCCGCUUCGACAAAUUGAGCCAUUCCACAGGUCAUUAGGUCAGACAAAAGCAACUACAAGGAAAAGUGACUUAAAUCAAUGGAGUUAUUGAUUUGAAGAAAACUGGUCCAUUCUACUUAAAGCAACAGAUAUUACUGUUUAACAAACUGAACACUAUGUUGAGAACUGAUUUCAGACCAUCAUCCUAUUGUACAAACUCGCACAGAAUUAAAUGUAGGGGACAGAGUCUUACUAGAAAGCAACAGAUGCCUCUGCUUCAACAACGUAAAUGUAGUACUUAGUGCUCACACAAGUGUUCAAAACGUUCCUUGCCUAGCUGCAAUUGCUUUCUAGACGCUAAAUAUGAAUACAGCCACUUGAAAUACUUGAACAGCACACAGUCAUUACAUGUUACAAGACAAAACUGCAUUAUAAGCACCCAAAACUGUACAGCCAGCCUGGAGUCUACUGCAGAUACAGGAUUACGGGUCAUUUGAGUCUUGUGACACAUCGCCCUUCAGUGUAAAGCCUUAAACAUACUACAGAGAAUCAUGCUGUUAACACGGAUCCGUUUAUUUUAUUUGUGAGAUGAUGUAAAAUUCACAUUUCCUGUGCCAUUUUCCUUGGGGUUACCAAAGAGAAAGAUCACAAGGGUGGUAAAAAAGCUGUUGAUUAUGCCAUAACAAAUUCUUUACAAAUGCAAAAAAAUAUAUGAAUUGGUUUAAUGACAUUAAGCAGACACUUAAGCAAAGACAAAAAGCACAAAAAUAAAAGUUCACAUUUUUAGACUUGUGAAGAUGCCAAAAAUGAAUUUCCACCUCUGUUGAAGCAUUCAGCCACGACUGAAAGAAUGACACGCCUAUAAACAUUUUGAAGGGACUUGAAGUUGUUUGUUUGCUUACGUGUGUCUCUCUUCUUUCUUCAUGAAUCAGUUUCUGGUAAACAGUGGUACUCAACGGUGAGGAGAGCGACUUCAAUAUUCUUGUACACUAGUGAAAACUUUGUUUGAUAUAAAAGGUGUUGGCAUUUAUGUCUGUACUGCCAUAAUUUAUUGCUCUUUUUGUUGCCGUUACGUAAUAUUAAUGAAGAGUACCCAGAAGUUAAAAUAAAUGGAAGAUAAUUUAAAAAGAUUAUUUAAAAGAUUAUGUAUAUGUAUAUUUGGUUAUGGCAUGUGCCAUUAAGAAUUUAUUAUAAAAUAAAAUGUA